UGGGGCGGUAUUCAUAAAAGAACUUAAGUCUGAAAUAUGACUUAAGUUUUUGAAAAAACUAAGUUUUUCACUUUUUCUGACUUAAGUUUUCAGAUUUUACUCAAGUCAUAUUCAUAAAGCAACUUAGGCUUAAGUUUUGGCGAUUUCCGACUUAAAUCUUAAGACUGGGCAGGGGUAGGCUUAACUGGAAGAUGUUUGACUUAAGUCAGUAAACAAUAUGGCUGCCGUAGCGCUGAGGCGUCGUUCAUUUCACCAAAGAAGACAAAGUCUCGUUGAAUACAGCGAUGAAGAAUUAAUUCGGCGAUACCGUCCAGAUGGGAAUGGCAUUAGAUUCGUCGCCAGUCUAAUAGCGCCAGACGUUGAGCCCACAACCACCUGUAACCACGCACUGGAUGCCUCACAAAAGACGCUCAUCACAUUGAGGUACUUGAGAAAAUUUCAAUUGUGCAAUGCGGAUGAUCAAGGUGUCAGCCAGCCAACCAUUUCCAGAGCUGUGAAUGACUGCAUACGAAGUUUGUCAUCUGACAGGAUUGUCAAACAUUUCGUUCGCUUCCCCCUACAACUUCGUGACAUCAGGCGUCACCAGACCAACUUUUAUCAGGUUGCAAACUUUCCCGGAGUUGUGGGGGUGAUUGAUGGAAUGCACGUUCAGAUUCAAGCCCCAACAGUAAAUGAAAAUGAAUUUGUAAACCGGCAUCACUACCACAGCAUCAAUACACAGAUCGCUUUCGAUAGCGAAGACAGGAUAAUUGACGUUGUCGCUCGGUGGCCUGGAUCGGCACACGAUUCACGAAUAUUGACCAACAGCGGUCUCUACCAGUUGUUCGACCAUAAUGUUGUCCCCAUCGGAUGCCACCUUCUCGGUGACAGCGGUUACCCCUGUAAGAAGUGGCUACUAACCCCUUUCCUAAGGCCAUUGGCAGGACCACAAACAAACUACAACAGAUCGCAUAAAAGAACAAGGAGCAGUGUUGAAAGGGCCAUUGGCCAAUUCAAGCGCAGAUUUCCUGUUCUUCAUGGGGAAAUCAGGUUAAAACCUGAGAAGGCUUGCAAGGUGAUCAUAGCAUAUGCUGUCCUUCACAACAUAUGCAAGGACAGAAACAUUCCAAUACCACCCACAGAUGGGCAUGAUGGAUUUGGAAGGCAUGAUGGGCAGAAUGGAGGUCUACCAGGAAUCACUACACCAGUGGCUGCACUGAGAUGUAGAGAGCACUUCGCCAAUACAAACUUUCCAUGUAAGAUGAUUUUAGGAUCUUCUAUCAUAGUGUCAGAGUUAGAACUAUAAAUGGUAGAUUAUGUUAUUACAUUUAAUACAGACAAUCCUCUCCAAAACAAUCACUCAUACUAUUAAUACAUUCUACACGAUAGCUUUAUUUAUUUGUAAUAUUGUAUAUUCCCUUAUCUUCAUGUGUACUAUUGACAAUUUAAUUUCUGUUUGGCUAAAGGCCCCACAAUAGUUUUUCUAACAGAA